UCCGCUGCUCCACAUGCAGAAAGCUGUCCACAGCAGGGAAACGUCAACAAUUUGUAAGCUGUGUAAAACAGUGUACCUACAUUGGCUUUGAUAUUUUAGUCGGUAGCUGUUAGCUACAAAUAUUUCGCGGCUAACAUGCUUCUUUUUUGUCCAACCUGCGGAAAUGUUUUAAUUGUCGAGGAAGGACAGAAGUGCAUGAGAUUCGCCUGCAACACCUGUCCGUAUGUACACAACAUCACACGAAAGGUAAAUAACAGGAAGUAUCCAAAGCUGAAGGAGGUGGAUGAUGUUCUUGGAGGCGCUGCAGCUUGGGAAAACGUGGACUCGACUGCUGAAACUUGUCCCAAGUGUGGCCAUCCUCGGGCAUACUUCAUGCAGAUUCAGACCAGAUCAGCUGAUGAACCGAUGACUACUUUCUACAAAUGCUGCAAUGCCCAGUGUGGACACAGAUGGAGAGACUGAAACCUUUGCACUUUGAACAUUUUGAUGAAUUUAAUGGGCUCUGAUGGAGAUCCUGCUGGUUAUUUCCAGUUACUAUUCUGUGUGGAGGUCCAGCUGAAUAAAUCUUCUUUUUGUCUCUGCAGGUGAUAUUUCCAUAUAGUAUUCACUUCCCAGAUAUUAAAAAUCAGUUUCAAGGAAAA